ACAGCGUUUAAAGUCUUCGAGAACGGGAUCGGUCCCGAUGAGCAUUGUGUAUUCCCACUUUCGUUGUUUCGGCUGGAGGUCGCCGUUCCGCCAGCUGUCUCGUACAAAAGGGUGAAAUGAGGUCGCGGCCGGCGCGAAAUGAUGCGUAGGGACGCGUGGCGGAACGCGAGGGGCUUCCGCUUUUUCGACGGCAAUCUAAACAGCUUCGCCAUCCGAGUUAAUUCUGCUGUAGUUCCAUCGUGGUUUUCGUAAUUGCACAAUUUGAUCUGAAAACAUUUACAUUGCAAAUUAAACGAUUCGAUUUGAGUUGUGUUAAUUGUUAGUAUGCAUCUACGUUCUCUAAACGAUUUCCUUUUGCGCGUCAAACCAUCGCCGACGCUUUCGGCGUGUUCAUAUCGAAGCCAGAGACCGCGCGAAAAGACAAAAAUUGCUAAAUAUACGCGUGCGAGACAAUUUCGUCUGCCGGUGGUAGCUUCCUGAAUGUCAGAAGUUGUAAGUUGGCGUAGUUCCCUCGUAACCCAGGAUCAUCGAAAAAUAGACGAUUAACAAGAGAUCGAGCCGAGCUUUCCGUAUCGAGAUGUAACCGUCCGCCGAGGCGUGGACUUCAAGGAUCAUUACAACAUCCAAUCCGAGAUCGGCCGAGGGAAAUUUGGCACCGUCUAUCGAUGCAAGGAGAAAGCAAGCGGACUGAUGCUCGCCGUGAAGGUGGUGAACACCGGGAAGAAGGAGGACAGGCGGGCGGUCGAGCGAGAAGUUGAAAUUAUGAGACGACUGCAACAUCCCAGACUUAUUCAGCUGUACGAUGCUAUCGACACUGGGAAACAGAUAUACGUUAUUUUGGAACUGAUCGAAGGUGGCGAACUGUUCGAGAGGGUGAUAGACGAGGACUUCGUGUUGACCGAGCGCAGUUGCGCCGUCUUCAUGCGACAGAUCUGCGAGGGCAUCGAAUUCAUUCAUCGGCAGAACAUACUGCAUCUCGAUCUAAAGCCGGAGAAUAUACUGUGCCUGACUAAAGAGGGAAACAGGAUUAAAAUCAUUGAUUUCGGCCUCGCGAGGGAGUACGACCCGAAGAAGAAGUUGCAGGUUCUAUUUGGCACGCCGGAGUUCGUUGCACCGGAAGUCGUAAAUUUCGAUCAGAUUGGUUUCGGCACCGACAUGUGGAGUAUAGGCGUCAUCUGUUACGUACUGUUAUCCGGCCUGUCUCCGUUCAUGGGUGACACGGACAUCGAGACGAUGGCGAACGUUACCAUCGCCAAGUACGACUUCGAUCAUGACGCCUUCACUAACAUAUCCGAGGAAGCGAAGGACUUCAUCCGGGGUCUCCUGGUCAAAGACAAAGAAAAACGAUUGUCGGCCACGCAAUGCAGGGAACAUCGUUGGUUGACGAGAAAGACGAGCAAGCAGCAGGUCGAGGAAGCGGCGUUGCAGCCGAACCCCGUUACCGAAACAGUCACGCAAAUCCCGCAGAUCUCGCGGGUGCUGGUUAACAACAACAACAACAACAACGUGGACGAGUUGGACGUGACCAAGGAUAACCUGAGACUGUUCGUUGAACGUUGGCGAGAGCAUCCCGACAGUCCUUACAUGAUCGAUCUCCCUCAGCUUGGUAUCUCCUCGCUGAUGCACGAUCACGAAGAACUAGUGUCCCUUCAGGGUCACAGUCCAUCCCCUUGCGCGAGUAUUUGCAGCACACCCUCGGAAACCACGGAAAUACCUUCCUUGGACAGCCAGAGUUUCCUGACGGUGCCCAGCUUCGGUUUCGAGAGGAGAGCUUCGGAAGGAGUCACAAUGGAGAAACCUCGCAGCGAUCCAGCCAGUCAGAUCGUCCUCGCCGAAGAGAUCAUCAAGCUGUCCGAGCAUUUGAGGGCCAUAGCUAUGGGCACGUGCCUGAAGUCCAACGAGGAGUCAGCGGACAGCAAGAAAACCACGGAGAAGCUUGAGGAAAAUACGACGAGCAAUCGCAACGGUGUGCAUUCGAGGAGCAACGGAGUGGUCACGACGGAUGAGUCCAACGAGAUCACUCAGAAGCUAUCUAGCAUAAUGAGACAUAGGAAGCUGAAUGGAACAACGUUUCACAGUAGCCGCAGCUUCGACAGGUUUUCGGAGACGAAUACCUCGAAUAUAUUCGCGUCUUUGAAGAAAGCGAAGCAAAACGGGGAGGGCAAGAGUUCGGAGGUAAAGACAGAUGAAAGGACAGUUCAAGAGGAAGUUGUAACGGGACCUAACAGCUUUGCAGCGGAGACCUCGCAGGAGACGACGGAGGACGCGGCGAGCAGUGAGCCGGUUAGAAUAUACGCCGAAGGUGAGAUGGACCUGACGCCACCAUGGCGACGUUCCCGGGUGAAGCACGUGUUUGGGGAGACCAGUCGAGACGUUCCCCGAAUCUCCGGGCUGCGUAAUCUGCACAAGAAUCUGAAUCUCGACGAGCCGACCAGCAAGGAUCUGUUGCUCCAUUUGCUGGAGGAAUGGGACGAAGUGGCUACCAGGCCGUCGAGUGUAGGCAGGAAAUCGGUGAGCGUUGACUGGUGUGGUCAGGAAUCGGUUGCCAGGAAGACGAUGAACUCCCUAGCUGAGUAUUUCCAGUCGAAGCAACAGAAAUCGAGCUCGCCCAACGGGAACCAGUCCGCGUCGAAUUCGAUACAUCGUUGAAAAUACGUCCAGAACAUCCCAGGAUGAAGCUGACGACGGCGAACGAUUCGUUCCUCGGCGGAGAGUUCUGGAAAAUGAGGAACGUUGAAUGAUGGAGAAUGGUAUCGGUGGAUCGUUUGAUACGUGUAGUUUCUCCGCUCGGGAGAUCUACAUAAGGAAAAUGGUUUUCGUGUAUGUAGAGUAGUAACUUCAUGGAGACUACGGGGGAAGGCUUUUGAAACUUGCUUUGUACUGAAUUGAGAAUUGGUCUUUGAAUAAAGUAGUCUCGUUGAAUAUCCUUUUCGAGCCUCUGUCUCCCUUUGAACGCGCGUGCUAUUGGAUUUUUGGCGAUAAAUUUCUAGACUGUGGGAAGGCAACCGCGUCAAAUGAUUAUUGCUGCUAGAAGUUCGACUGAAGAAUCGAGAACUACUUCUGUUUAUUGUGUAUAAUAAAUGUGCACGCGUAACUGUACGCAUUAUUUAUAUGUUAAGCUAAAUUAUAUAAUAAUUACACGCUUGUGUAACGAUCUUUCACACGGAUCACAUAGGGAUCAUAUGUCUGUGCAUAUAUUCUUGUUGUAUUGUAUUAUUUAUAUUAUAUGUUUAAUAUAAAAGAUCGUGAAACGUAUAGCCUCAAUAAUUUUAUUUCACAAGUUCCUCUAGUGGUCACGGAGAUGACCGGGAAAAUCGAUUUGUACCGAUCUAAGUAUCGACGUCAUAAUUCAUCGGAAUCAAGGAUUCAGGGUGGAUACUAGAUUGGCCCAACUCAAAUUUCUUGGUUUUAAGUAGAUUGUAGUUUGGUCUUGUCCACAUUGUUUGAACCAUGUUUGCCAGUCUUAAGUUGUAGUUUUAACUGGCUCAGUCUAUAUCAAUAUUAAUCAGCCUAAUUGAAUCGGCACUGAAGUGAAUUCUAACAAUAAUGCAAACCUAACACACUCAAGAAAUAUCUAACUGAAAAUCUAACAAACUAUUUGCUUUGUUCAAAACAGCGAAGGUACGUCUCUUAUUAAAUAAGUUUUUAGUUAGAUGAAAGAUUACUGAAACGGGAGCUUACCC